UGGCCUGCCCCGAGCGCGGCGUUCGACAUCAAAGCCGAUGAAGAGGGCACCACCAGGGCCGUCUCCUCCCAGGACCAGUUCGGUCGCAUCAUUGUGGGGACCACCAAGUGGGGAUUGGUACAGCGUCCGGACUAUGCCGUCACGUACUAUCAGUGGAGCGACACGACUCCGAUCUCCCUUUCCUCUGCUAUCCCAGCGACGAUCAUCGGGAUGCCUGACCCCGCGCACGUCGUCGUCGGGUUCGACGCGGAUAAGAGAGAGAUAGGCAUCAACGCUACGACAUCCACGGAUGUGGCGAACACGAUGGCGAGCUAUGCGAUGCGAGGCAUACUGUGGGCGAAUGAGAAGGCGGCGGGAUGGGUCCUGAAGUUCUUCUGGCCUUUCUAG